AUUAUCUUGAAUUUUGUCAUGAAACAGAGGUGUUACUUUUUGAGUAAGCCUAAUGGUACAUAUGCUAAUGAUCUUUUCUCAGGUGCAAAUGGUCCAGACAACUGCUGCUUUGUGUUCUAUCCAAGAAGAAUUAACAAAAACCUCAUCAGAUCAUAUAACCUGACUGAUCCCCGGUGUCCAAAGGCUGCAGUCAUUUUGGCUCUCAAAAAUUCUCGUCAAAUCUGUGCGGAUCCGUCUCUCUCCUGGGUCAAGAACAUCAUGAAAAUUGUGGACAAGAACUCUUUUUAA